AUGGUAGCAUUGCCAGAGCGAGGAUGGUUAAUUGGGGACUCGGGCUACCCCCUUAAAGAAUGGUUGCUCACGCCAUUUCUGUCUCCAAGUAACCAGCAAGAGGAGAAGUAUAAUGACGCGCUGACGAAGACAAGAAUCGUGGUAGAGAGAGCAUUUGGUGUUCUUAAAUCCAGAUUUCGGUGUUUGCAUGCGAGUGGUGCACUCUCUUGUUUUCACCCAGUAAAUGUUCUCAAAUUAUUGAAACAUGCUGUCGACUGCACAACACAGCAAUUAAUGCUAAUGUGCCACUUAGACACCAAGGAACUGUUUAAAACAUGAACCACAACGACAUCUACAAUGGACAUUUGCAGGGAACAGCUCAACAAAUUUGGCGCCAAGUAGCGGCUGUUUUGUGAAAAGGGAAAAAAUCGUGAUUCUUAAAUUUAAUAUGUCGGUGACCUAAUAAUAUACAUUUAUUGAAUAAGUUUGAGGGCAACAUGCGUUUUGUUGGACCCAAGAACAAAACUGCCUGCCUGAGGCUGUUAGGCCUCAGGCAGACAGUUUGUUUCGAGGGUCGACAAAACGCAUUUUGCCCGAGAACUCAGUCAAUAAAUGUUUUGUUAUACUUUUAUUUCAUUUUUUUGGACAUAUAUUUAUUUUGUACUGUCUUUCAUGAUGUAACCUCAGGUUCUUUAUUGCUGAACACUAACGAAUGAAAAGGAGA